UCAAUUUUUUUUUUAAAAAAAAACAUGGUACAGAUUAUAGGUAAUAUCAUAGCAGCUAGUAAUACUGCACCAGUUUGGAAAGAAACUCAAUCAAAAGUAUGGAUUACCUUUUCAAAAGUUAAAGGACUAAACAUAAGUGCAAAAGGUAAACUUGAUGCAAGAGGAGCUGACUGGUGGAAGACUUGUUCAAAUACCCUAGCGUUUCAUGGUUGUUCGUCCUUUCGGGUGCACGGAUUAACCUCAGUCAAUAGUGCACGAAACCAUAUCUCUAUAAGCGGUUGCAGCCAUGGAACCUUAAGUUCCAUCACUUUUACUGCCCCAGAUGAAAGCCCUAAUACCGAUGGCUUUAACAUUAUUGCCACAUCAAACAAUAUUGAAAUUCUCGAUAGUAACAUUGGAACUGGUGAUGAUUGUAUUGCAAUUAACAAUGAUUCCUCUUAUAUCAACGUCACUGGAGUGAGAUGUGGUCCCGGCCAUGGUAUUAGUGUUGGAAGCUUAGGAAAAAAUGGAGAAGAAGCCAGAGUUGAGGAAAUACAUGUAAAAAACUGUAGUUUCAUUGGAACAGAUAAUGGAGCAAGGAUCAAAACAUGGCAGACCAGUGCCGUUUGGAUAAGUGAUGUUACAUUCAGAGGCAUCCGAGGGACAAUCAGAAAAGAAAAGGCAAUUAACCUACACUGUAGUGAAAAAGUAGCUUGCACCAACAUUUUGGUAGAAGACAUCAACUUAAAUUCCCUUGUUUCAAACAAGAAAGCUUAUUCCUCUGGCACCAAUGCUUAUGGAAGAACUUCUCGAUCGACUCCUCUAGUUGAAUGUUUAUUAAAAUAACAGCCUAAAAGCUUUGUCUUUAUGCAUUGAUGAAGACAUCAUUGUUCCCGCAUCUUAUAUACAAGUCUAACAACCAUCAAAAAAUUUGUAUCCAUGCAAACUUUGAAAUAAAGUUCUUCAUACUUU